AUGUCCCCCACUGCCCCACUUACUAACGAGCGCGAUGUGAUUGUGUACAAGGCCAAGUUGGCGGAGCAGGCGGAGCGUUACGACGAAAUGGCUGAGUCCAUGAAAGAGUUGGUCCGCACGGCUGCCAAGGAUACGCCUUUGACUGUGGAAGAGCGCAACUUGUUGUCGGUGGCUUUCAAGAAUGCCGUUGGUGCUCGCCGUGCCUCACUGCGCAUCAUUAACUCGCUCGAGAACAAACAACGCCAGAGAGCGCAAUUGGAGUACGUGGAGAUCACCAAGGCCUAUCAACAGAAGGUCACGGAGGAACUCUCCACCAUCUGUGAGGAUAUCAUCCAACUGCUCCAGGAACACCUACUCCAGUCCGUCGAGGAGGAUGUGGAGGCACAGGUCUUCUACUGGAAGAUGAAGGGCGACUACUACCGCUACCUCUGCGAAUUCGCUGGUGAAGCUAAUAAAGCCAAGGCCACCGAAGCCGCAAAGGAAGCUUACGAACGCGCCACAGACAUAGCCGCAAAGGAACUCAACGCCACCCACCCUGUCCGCCUUGGACUCGCCCUGAACUACUCCGUCUUCCACUACGAGAUCCUCUCACACCCAGAAAUUGCCUGCCAAAUUGCCAAGUCCGCCUUCGACGACGCCAUCUCACAACUUGAGUCCGUCGACGAGGAAUCCUACCGCGACUCUACCCUCAUCAUGCAACUGCUCAGAGAUAACCUCACCCUCUGGACCACCGACGCCGAAACGGCGGCAGCCGCCGUCGCCCCCGCCGCCCCCGUCGCCGUUGAACCCGAAGCUGAGAAGUAA